AUGUUGCCAUCGCAGGGUCGUACGAAGAAACUGUUCUUUGAAGAUAAAUAUGAGAAUAAGAAGUUCAUGAAGGGUGUACUGUUGCCCAAGGGUCAUAAAUAUGAGUUGCAGUUGGUGGCCAAGAAGGUUAAGAUGGCUAAGGGUAUAAAGGACGCUGAUAAGACGAUUCUAAAUGUGAAGGGUAAGAAAUAUGCUGCGAGACUGGAAAGAAAGAGCAAAGAGAACCAAAGAAACUGGGUUUAA